UGUCAACAAGUUUGACACAUGUCAAUAACGUCAUGUCAUUUUUGACAUUUCAAUAGUAAACAAUAAACAUAACAAUUAUUUAUUUAAAACUGACGCUAUAGACGAAAAAUCAAUGAAAUCUUAUAAUUAUUGAGGAUGAACGAGACCGUUAAACCGGAAAAUUUCUCCCAAGUGUGUCGCACUUGCUUGGGGGUAGAGAGUCUGACCCCAAUAGCGGGCACUAGCAUCGGCAAUGGGGUUUCCCUGGUUGAUAUUUUGCACCAUUUUAUUCCCCAAGAGGACCCGGUCCUGGACGUUUUCCCCCAACAAAUCUGCCGAAAAUGCCUGGAUUUCCUCACCCUCUACCGCAACUUCAAGGCGACCUGCGACCAAACCGAACGCGUCCUCAAAACGUGCCUCGACAACGUAAAAAGUGACUGCGAGGAUUCGAACGCGGCAACAAUCGAACCCGUAGACGUCAAACGGGAAAACCAACCGCGAAAAUUGAGGUUCGGAAAAAUCGAACGGGAGUCGUACAGUUGCACGGAGUGCCGGAAAACGUUCCGGUACCGCUACAAGUUGAUGGUGCACCGGAAGGUGCACACGAAAGAGAGACCGUUCGGGUGCGACACGUGCCCUCUCACUUUCGCACUGAAAGGGAACCUGAGGAGGCAUCAGAUGUUGCAUAACGGCGAGAGGCCGCACGUCUGUAAGUUAUGCGGAACAGGGUUCAUCCAGUCCACGUCGCUUCGACGUCAUUUAAAGAACCACGAGCCCCGCCGACCCCCCGAAAAGAUCCCCUGCGAAAAGUGCAACAGGACGUUCGUGAAACGUGCCGCCUACGAGGCCCACUUGAUCAAACAGCACCCUUCGACCGCACCCCCUCUCACCCCCAAGCAAGAGCAAGGAGAAGGGUACCGGUGCACCGUUUGCAACCGAACCUUCGCCAAGUCGGUUUAUUUGCGCAGGCACCAGUCGAGGCACGGGGAAAAGAGGUUCCUGUGCACCGAAUGCGGGCGGGGGUUCGUCCGGAGGGCGGACCUCCAAUCUCACAUCAGGGUGCACACCGGGGAAAAACCGCACAAAUGCGAGGUGUGCGCGAAAUCGUUUGCGCACGCCGGUUCCUUGGCCACCCACGGUCUGGUGCACUCGGGAUUUAAGCCGUACGCGUGUCAGGCGUGCGGUAAACCGUUCUCCCAGCUGUCGCAUCUUAAGGUGCAUCAGCGCACGCAUAACGGAGAGAGGCCCCACUCGUGCCCCUACUGCGGCAAAACGUUCGCCUUGAAGUCGAACCUGACGGUGCACGUGAGGACCCACACGGGCGAGACGCCCUUCGAGUGUCCCGUCUGCGACCGGGGGUUCUACGAUUCGAGUAGUCUGAAGAAGCAUCGGGGCAGUCAUUUGUCGUUGUUGGGCGAGGAUUUGGGUUAAAGUUUUAUUUUGUAAAUAAAGGAUUCGAGCCUUAA